AUGGCGCCCGAGGGCAAGAAGCGCCUGGCGCCCAGCGGCCGCCAUCGAUUCGGUCGAGCGAGGAGGCCGCCGGUGCUUCGAGCAAGCUCGAGGCGGCGGCGACGGAGCCGGCAACUCGGGGCGGGGAAGCGCGUCAAAGCGCGCCCAAGCCCGAGACGGAUUACUUCCGGAGAAAAGAAAUCUGAUUGUGUUUGGCUGCCUUGUAUGACGACUUCGCUAUUUACGUUCACGCGCAUUUUGACUAAUGAUUUUUGCUAUGUUCAGGAGGAUCUAUGGUUAUCUGCUUUCCCUGUUGGCACUGAGUGGGAAAACAUUGAUAAGGUAAAGGAGUUCAACUGGAGCUUCGAAAAUUUAGAGGUAGACUGUCCCUUCCCUCCUUCAGAUAAAAUUGGGAUAAACUCUGUCCAAAGGGAAAAUGAGGAAAUAGUGCCAAUGAAGGCUAUGAAGAUGGCAUGGGUGCCUUAUGUUCCCCUUGAGGACCGGCUUAGCAGGAUUGACAGUUUGAAAACAAAAAUAUUCACUCUCGGAUGCACGCAGCGAAGGUCUGCACUGAAGCAUCUCAAAAUUGAGAGAGUCAAGAAGUUUGACUACUGCAUGCCUUAUUAUAUGCCACUGCAACCUCUUGAAGACGAAGAUGACACAGUUAUCAGUUUCUUAUAUCCUCUAGAACCCCCAAUAGUAGACGAGUUUGACUGGGAAAUGGAUGAUUACGAGGAUUCUGCAGAUCAGAAAGUUCAAGAAGGUAUGCCAGAGGGUGAGAAAGAAAAAUUCAAGGAGUUUCUGAAGGAGAAGGUUAGAGAAAGGAAGAGAGAGCUGAAACAGGCUAAAGAAGCCAGGAAGAAAGCUAUUGAUGACAUGGAUCCUAAGAUGAAAGAGGCAUUCGAGAAUAUCAAAUUUUACAAAUUUUAUCCUGUGAAAACCCCAGACACGCCUGAUGUAAACAAUGUAAAGGCUAGGUACAUCAACAGAUACUACAGGAAUGCCCAUUAUCUGAUGUGA